GCGACCCGACCAGUCUAAUGUUGUUCGAAAAACCGGAAGUUUACCUGAAUUAGUAUUUCGAUAAAGUUUUCAAUUUCCUCAAAAUAUGUAGGGAUUUUAUGCUAGUUCUGUUUCAAUUACAGGAUUUUUACAUGUAAACAAAAAGUUACAUGGGGCUAGAGUUCAUUUACACCAACUUUUAAGAAAUACUUCUAUGACUCACCUGUAAUCAAGGUGUUCAUUAAAAAAAUUCUUGUUCUGGCGUUGAAUAGGCUAAUUUGUAAGAAUGAACGGCUACAGUCUAGUUCAGUUGAUUAAAACGGUUCUUCUUGGAGCGACGGCAGUGAUUUCUGGGGGUUCACUUACUUUACCAUUUUGGUACGAGUUUGAAAUACAGAUAUCAUGGGAUGGCGGUCGUACAAUGCAGACAAAGAAGAUGGAUGUUGGAUUAUUUUACACAGACCAGGGCGACAACAUCAACUUGAUAGAUAAUAUCAUGAUAGAUAAAGCGAGUAAUCUCAAGACAUUCCCACCCAUGUUUCGCAUUGCCCAGAUAUUCUUUGGUCUUGGUGAUACGGCAGUGUUUGUGUUGUUCAUUGCAUCACUAAUAUAUUUCUGUCGGAAGUACAAGUCGGCAACAGGAGAAAUAUGUCUAGCUGCAGGCCUUUUACCAGCAUCUUUGAGUCUGGUACUUGGUGUAGUGUUUGCUGUCUUGGCUGGAAUUGUGGAAGAUAAAAGUGCCUGGAAUGCGUUUCCAGUUCCUGACAACUUCAUGCAAGUUAAAGCCGACCCGAAAAUCAGUCUUGGUAUUGGCCUCUAUAUUGCUGCUUUUUCUGCCGUUCUCAGUUUGGUUUCACUUGCCAUUGCAUGGCUUCAGGCUUGCAUAAUGUGUAAGCACGUGGAAGAGGUCCGAUACCAGAUGUUGAAUGCACCGCUCACUGAGGACGAACGUGGUGUUGGUCCAGCACAAGUGUACAAGUUUGGUGGGCAAGGUAGAGGUUUCCGAUACGAUGGCUACAGCAAACCCGAGAAAGGCAUGGAAGUGGAUUUCUAAGACACAGACUGUUCAUUUUUCUUGUUUUUUAAAAAGAUUUUAAACUAUUGUCACAUAUACACAUUAUGAGUUGUGAAUGUGAAUUUACCUUGAUAUGCUAUAAAAUACAUAUCACAUUAAUAUGUACAUUACUAAUCACUAUAGAAAAUUAGAAGUUUUUAUAUUGGAGGCUAUAUACUGUACUUACCAAGAAUUUGGAAGCUAUAUACUGUACAUACCAAGAAUUUCUGUAUAACUGUAUAAAUGUCUUUCUAUUAAAAACAUUAAGCAAGAUAUUGAAUACUUAGAGUGGGUUUUAUAAGGGAAAAGGUGCAUAUAUCUGGGAAGUAAUAAACUUGAUGUAAAGAAACAUUCAAUCAUUAAUGUUAAAAUUGUUGAAGGUCAGGCAAUUAAAAGGGAAUACCUCUUAAUUUUACUAGUUUUAUUAUUAUAUAGAUAUGAUUUUUUUAUUUCACAAUUUUCUUUACUAAGUUGAUGCAUCAAAUGCUGAUUUUUUUCAUACAUUUUCUAGAAUUUUUUUAACAAGUCAUGUACUGUAGAAUGCUUUAAAUUUAUGUUACAAAUUGUUUUUUGGUUUUUUUUUUAGUCCAAAAAGUGAAUCUUUCUUUUUUCGCUUAUUCAUACACUUAAAUUACGCCAUCAUAGUACAUGUAUUUUAAAUCAAAAGUGUUUCUGAAUAAAAAAAGAAACUAGUAAUAUGGGGCUAACAUAUUUAUUCAUGAGAACUGAACAUACAAAGAAAUAUAUUUGCAAAUAUUAGCAAAAUUUAAUCUAGCAUGAAUAAAACAAGUUCUACAGUAAUAUCAGUUAAUAUGAAUAAAUAAAAUACAUUAAUUUAUGUUAAGGUUAUCUUACUUUAACCCUUAAAGUGCUGAAACCGAAAGCAUUAAGCCUUUGCCACCAGUAUAGAGCCAGGCCAGCCUGCACAUGCAUGCAGUCUGACCAGGCUCUAUACUGUUGGCUGACAAACGUUAAAUAUUCAAAUUGAAAGCCCUAAAAUUGAUAUUAAAAUGGACAGUCCCAAAAAUGGAAAUGGGAUAAGUCCAUUCAAAAUAUUCAGCUUGUUAAGGGUUAAGAUUAUCAAAUUGUACAUGCACAUGUACAUAGAAAGUGCUUAGUUUUAAAAAAAAACAAACUUAUAUACAGUGAACUUUUAAUGUACAUAGAAAUUGUAUUUUUUAUAUUACUAGUGUAAAGUCAUAUUUUCAUCAUCACAUAUACCUUUCGUACAUUACAUCCUAUACCCCAUUAAUUAAACAUAAUAUAAACACACACACUGACAGGUAUCAUUUUAUAAUUGAGCAAAGGUCUCUAAGACAACGAGAGAGUAAAGAUGUAUUUAUAAAGAAAUAUAAAGAAACAAGUAGAUAUACUAGUUACAAAUGUCUGUUUCAUGAAAUUUUUAUUUGACAUCCAAGUCAUAGUAAUUGAUGAGUGCUUUGGGUAUGUUCGUUUUCCAGUAGCAUUAGGUUGCUUGUUACGAAUAUUUGCUGCGUAGUGGGUGCUUGCUCUUGUGUUUUAAUAAGUUACAUUCAGAAUGAUUUUGAUAUUCUUAUUACAGCAGAGGCAUCCUAUAAUUGUUUAUGUUAAUAAAUGACACAACAUAUUGGUUAGUCUGUUUGCUACUGGAAUAGUAUUUGCCGCUAAGUCAAUAUUAUAGAAAAUUAUAAUACUGGAAUAAUAUUUGUAGAUAAAUCUGUAUUAUAAGAAAUUGUGAUACAGCUUAUUAUUAUAAUUUGAUCAGUUAUUUUGGCACUGUUUACUAAAUAUGAUUAGGCAUAUAACAUUCUACAAAGAAAUGCUUUUUUAAAACAGCGCUUCUACGCAAAUCCAUUCCAAGGAUUUAAAUAUUCUGAUUUAUUUUUAUGCCCAUGAAUUAUUUCAAUAAGUAAUCCUUAAUUAAAUUGUUAUUUUUCAAUAUUUAUUGACAACUUAAGACAACAUACUUUCUGUUAAAUACUGUACUUAUAUAGGAUUUAAAAAAAUGCUUAUUAUCCAGAAACUUAAGAUAAAAAACAUUAAUUCUUAAUUAGAAACCUUUUCAAACCUUGAAAUAUACUGUACAUGCAGUUUUUAUUACCAUAUUUAUCAUAUCAUUGUACAAUAAUCAUUUUUAUAAGGCACGGUAAUUAAUAUUGUGUAUCCUGAAUCAGUAAUAAAACUUGUAACAAAGUGAA